GAUGUCCUGGAGGAGCCCCUGCCUUGCACUUCCCUCUGAAGAGGAAGAGGAGCCGGCCUGCUCUCUCUGGGAUCCCGUGACCACGUUGCAUCAGGAACCCUGAAUGUCCACGGCCCAUUUCGUCAACAUGGAGUUCUGAAGUCCAUGUGGCUCCUUGCGGCGCACCAGGUGCUAAGGAAAAUGCAGAGACGCCACAGUAGCAACACGGACAAUAUCCCACCUGAAAGAAGCCGCAGCCAGGCGCUCAGCCCCGAGGCCAGCGUGGAUGAAGGUGGUGUAUUUGAGAGCCUGAAGGCAGAGGCGGCCUCCCCUCCUACACUCUUCUCAGGCCUGGCAGGUGGAUUGCCCGCCAACCCCUUCCCAGCAGGCCUGGUACUGGGCUCCACAGGAGGUGGCGGGGACGUGUUCAUCCCGAUGCCAGCCACCAGGGACGAGGCCGGUGGCCGUAGCACCGAAGGGAGCACCUACCACCAUCGCCAAUCCCACCACCACUUCCACCAUGCUGCCCACCGCGGGGGCUCCCUGCUGCAGCACGUGGGUGGGGACCACCGUGGGCACUCCGAGGAAGGGGUGGACGAGCAGCCCGGGACUCCAGCGCCUGCACUGUCCGAGCUGAAGGCUGUGAUCUGCUGGCUGCAGAAAGGGCUACCCUUUAUCCUCAUCCUGCUGGCCAAACUGUGCUUCCAGCACAAGCUCGGCAUUGCUGUGUGCAUCGGGAUGGCCAGCACCUUCGCCUAUGCGAACUCCACCCUCCGGGAGCAGGUGUCGUUGAAGGAGAAGAGAUCGGUCCUGGUCAUCUUGUGGAUUCUGGCCUUCCUGGCGGGGAACACGCUAUAUGUCCUUUACACCUUCAGCUCCCAGCAACUCUACAGCAGCCUCAUAUUCCUGAAGCCCAACCUGGAGACACUGGAUUUCUUUGACCUGCUAUGGAUUGUGGGGAUCGCGGACUUUGUACUGAAGUACAUCACCAUCGCCCUCAAGUGCCUCAUUGUGGCCCUGCCUAAAAUCAUCCUGGCCGUCAAGUCCAAGGGAAAGUUUUAUCUGGUCAUCGAGGAGCUGAGCCAGCUGUUCAGGUCGCUCGUCCCCAUCCAGCUGUGGUACAAAUACAUCAUGGGGGACGACUCUUCCAACAGCUACUUCCUAGGAGGGGUCCUGAUUAUUCUCUACAGCCUGUGCAAGUCUUUUGACAUCUGCGGUCGAGUGGGUGGAGUCAGGAAAGCACUGAAGCUCCUUUGCACCUCACAGAAUUACGGGGUCCGAGCCACAGGACAGCAGUGCACAGAGGCGGGCGCCAUCUGCGCCAUCUGCCAGGCUGAGUUCCGAGACCCUAUGAUUCUCCUGUGCCAGCACGUGUUCUGUGAGGAGUGCCUCUGCCUGUGGCUGGACCGGGAGCGCACCUGCCCGCUCUGCCGCUCGGUUGCCGUGGAUACCCUGCGCUGCUGGAAGGAUGGGGCCACGUCUGCACACUUGCAGGUGUACUAAGCUGAACACAAGUGUCUGGAGAUGCCAGAGGGCCCGGCACAGCUGAGCCCAGCCCCGAGGAUUCCUGGGAAACAACCUCCAGCGCUUUCUCCUGCCUUCCACCACCUCUACCUGAUGGCCCCAGGGCCUCCCCACCGACAAAUUUCUCAUCACCCUGGUGCAGUGUGUGCAUCCUGCCCCACCAGAAAAGGAAGCCCUCCUCACUCAGGUGUGGCUUCCCUGCAGGUAGGUGGUCCAUCCCCUCGAAAUGGAGGAACUGCCCUUACACAAUCUCCCCUUAUUUAACUGCUCCCAGCAGCUGGUACUGGAUGCUACAAACCGGUAUGAGCUGAAAGAGUUCAGCCUCUCGGCACGUGACCCAGGUCUGCAAAUGAGAGCCACUGGGGAGAAAGUUCAACACGUGAGCACCAGGCUUCACCCACCUCCAGGAGGUCUCCGAGAUAAGAAGCGAGGUGCGGUCACCCAGCUAGCACAGGCCGAUGGGUCUCCGGCUCUGCCUGGUGUUGUUUGUUACUGCAAGUUACAGGGAACAGCACAGAGGCUGUUCUCCUUUCCCCUCACUGGCUGAGGAUCAGUGGCCUGGGCACACAGCAGAGGCAGACUGUGGCAGGCUCUGAAUACUGGCUCCUGAGGUCAAAUGGUGGGAGCCGUGGAAAGACUUGACCUUCCUGAGUCCUUGUUUCGUGGGCUCUGCCAGGGACAGUCCAUCUCAAAAGGGUCCAGAAGUGCAUGCUACCGGGCCUCUGUCAUCUCUCCUCUCCUCCUUCUCUUCUGCACUGUCCCUCACUGACAGCUCAGGCCUGGUGCAAAGCUCUGGUGGACAUGGCUACCCCUCCUGGGAGCCUUGGGAGCUAACAGUUCAAUCAUAGAUGGCACUCGGCUCAGGAGCACUCAGUCCAUUUUUCCUUCCCUCUCUCUAGUGAGUUAAUUAGCUCUGAGAAACAACAGGCCUUCCAGAGUCUCUAAAAGACUGCUUUAUAUCUUUAACCGAACGCCGGAGAGGGACCACAGGGAACGAUGGGAGCAGGCACCCAGGUGCGCUCCACGCAAGUCUCUAAGACACAGCUGCUUCUCCCGUCGGGAAACUCUCUGCUUGGAAACAUGGGUUAGGAUAGCACAGGUGACC